AUUUAAUUUAUGUUAAGUUGUAAAUAAACAUAUAUAUAUAUAUAGUUUUAUAAGUUUUGGUUUCUACCCAUUACGUCAAGAUUUGAAGCCAAGAAAAUACUAUUUAUAUACUUGUCCACAUUGGAUGCUACUAUUUUUUGUUCAUUAAAGAAACAAAGCAUUCCUUUGUUCAUCAUACAUUUAAUGAUACUAUAUUUUUUACACAGUACAAGAACAGUAUAAUUAAAGAAACAAACACUUAUUUGAAUAUUUGAUCACCAUACUUAGAUUGCACUGUUACACUAAGUAGCGACAUGGGUACGCCAAUCUGGCACGAUCCAAGCAAAAUUCAUACAAGUUAUGAUGCUACUGAUGUCAUUUGUCAAGGGGAUCAUGGAAAAAUUCGACGGGGUUUUUCUCUAGAGCUUGGACACUUUGUCGUCAAAUGUUAUCAAGUUACUGGCACUCCUGUAUCAGCCAAGGAUAUAAAAGACAAAGUGAAUAAUUCAGCAACUAUUCUGCAUAGUUUGAGGCAUGAGAAUAUAGUGAGCAUAUAUGGAGUUACAUCAUGGGACCAAUGCUAUGCUGUGUUAACACCAUUCAUGUCUGGUGGAAGCCUGUAUACCUUAUUGAGGAAAAAUCACCUUGAAAUUGUGGAUGGGCUUAAGUUGCGUAUUGCUCGAGACAUAAGUGCUGGUCUGGUUUACCUGCAUUCAAUAAAGAAAAGUAAUGGCCAGAUAGUAACCCAUGGGUCUCUUAAGCCAAGCAACAUUCUGCUCGGCGCUAAUUUGAGAGCAAUGAUCACUGAUUUCGACGCCGCACAAAUUGCUACCUGCACUGGACAGCAGAGCACGACUGGUAGAUCAUUACCAACCAAUGCUAUAGUGUAUGCGGCACCUGAGAGGAUCAAUGAUAUAUACACCGAAUAUCAACCUAGCAUGGAUGUCUACAGCUUCGGCACAAUCCUAUAUGAGCUGAUCCUACAGAAAGCACCGUAUAAUAACUUCAAUCAGUUUGACGGCGGGAGCUUGUUCCAACACAUCAACUUAAACCCUCCAGAUAUGAGUCAAUUCGACAACCCUGAAGAGCAGAAUGAUAUGCUGCAAUGCCUUACUGAUGAAAUGAAGAGGUGCAUGACAAGGGAACACCCGAGACCCAGAAUUAAAGAAGUGCACAUUCAUCUAGAUGAAGUAAACCACAACCAGGAUCACUCUCUUCUAGGAGAUGAAGCCCACAGGUUGAUGCGCACACUUAACAUGUAUCAGAUCCCAUAUGACACUGCUGUUGAAAGAACCUCAAUUAGGAACUUUCAAUACCCAUUCAGCUCCAUUCCCCGCAACCAAAAUUAAAUGGUUCAAAAUAUAAUAUCUUACAAAAUAUUUCAUGUAAUGUUUUGAAGUUUUGUUUGUUUAAGAAACUAUCCUCUAGCAUGGUUUUAAAUAUGUUAUGAAAUAAUCUUAAAGGGAAAAAAUAGCUGAUUUCAUGUUUUAACGUUUUAUUUUAUUUAGCAAGCUAUUCGCCAGCAUGUGUUAAAUUAUGUUAUCAAUUUUUUUUUUAAAAAAGUCAUUGCAUUUAAUGUACUGACUACUAGUGUUUUAAUUUAUAUUACAGAAUCUUGUAAAAGUGAAUUUAUACAUUGCCAUUGAAUUGUUUCAUUUUAUGUUUUAUAUGUUAAGCAGAAAUAUAUAAACAAUUCAGAGACGUUGGAUAUUUUUUUCUUGUUGUGACCUGUUUGAAAUUUUUAUUUGCAUUAUUGAGUUAAUGUUGAUUACCCUUUUAAAGAUAAUAUAAUAAUUGGGAACUUCGGGUUUGGCAAUAUAAUUUCAAUUUGCAUUUUAGCUUUUCAAUACAGAGUGUGAAUGCAUCCACAUAUUAACGUAAACAGACACUUUGCCUUUUUUUAAUUUGUGAGGUGCUUAGUUCAGUAUAAAUAAAUGUACCUUCACACUUUUAUUCCAAAUCUACAGUUACUUGUAAUAAAUAAAUAUUAACUCGUGUAAUUUUACUAUUCAACGGCCAUGCUCUUUCUCAUACCUAUAUCCAUAACUUGUUUUAACCACUGUCGAUUUGCCAUCUUUUCGUUGUCUCAAUAAUUUGAUCUUUGCUAUCAUUUAUAAUAUUAAAGCUUAAGUAAUAUAAUUAUAAAUAUUUUCAUUUUUCUGGCAUGUCCAAAGGUCCAAACACUUCAAAGUAGCUUGCAAACAAUCUAUUUUUAUGUAUUUAUAUUUCUUUGUUCUGGUCUUAGAUUAUAAAACAGAACACAGAACUAUAUGAUCUGGAAAAGUUGGCUUUUUAGCAAACAUUGUAGAAUUGUGUAAAACAGCCAUGUGCACUUGCUUUUUUAGAACUUAUUUACUGUAACUUUACUCUUUAUUUUGUUUUGGACAUCUAUGCGCUGUGUUUUUACAUGUACAGAGUAUAAGCACUUCAAAUGCCCAGAUUUUGUAAUGCACCGUUUUGCCAGCAAUUUAUAGUGUAGUAUGACUAAAAUGAUCUACUGAAUUGAAAUGCCUGUAUUCGGCUUAUUAAACCUAUUAUCCUUUGUAUAAAACUGGUGUGUAUCAUUAUUCUUCUUUUAAAGCCAGAUAACUCAUUUUUUAAACCUUGUUUUAAUUAUCGUUUCAUUCUAUGUCGUUUAAACAGUUUGGAAAUUUUAAUCUGUACACUUUUUUAGAGUAUGGUAGAAAACAAUAGAAAAUUGUAACAGUUCAAAUAGCAAUAUGAUCC